CGCGCGGCGCGCUGCUCAGCAACGCCAAAGCGGCCGUGGGAGGGCGGCGCGCGCAUGGCCAAGUUCGUGGUGGCGGGUAAGGCAAACUGCCCUUACUAUGCCAAGGCUGAACUCCUGGCUGACUAUCUCCAGACUAACUUGCCCAACUUCAGGGUUCACAAGAUUACUCAGCACCCUGACGAGUGGGAGCAGUGGCUUCAUGACAUUUGUGAAACAAAUGGAUGGGAGCACCGACAGAGUCCUAUCAUUUGGAGAGAACUGUUGGACCGUGGAGGGAAGGGUCAGCUUCUGGGAGGACUUAAUGAUUUUCUGGAAUAUGCUCAGCAAUAUUAUGGCAUCACUUCAAUGAUGCUGAGUGAGGAAAUGUUAGACAUUGCUGAGGAGAACCUGCAGGCACAUCUUGAAAUUGUAAAAGAGGAUGAAGAGAUUAAAAGUCUUAUCAAACCUAUGCAGAUCUGGAUCACCAGUGCAUCAGUUCCAAUCUGUUAUCAUCUGAUCCCUCUGUUGGCAAAUGGAGAAGUGUUUGGGAUAACCACAGAAAUCAGUAUCCAUUUGCUUGACAAUGACCUGUUUAAGGAAAUUCUUCGCGGUAUUGUAAUGGAAGCUGAAGACAUGGCAUUCCCACUUCUCCGCAGUAUUUCAGAGCACACAGAAUUAGAUCAGGCUUUUAUUGAUGCUGAUGUUAUCAUUGUUCUUGAUGAUGUCCUCUUAAACCUUGAAGUCCAAUCCCUUGAGAGCUACAUCAGAGAAGUGAGUGAGAUCUGCCAAGUGUAUGCUCCCUUGAUUGAGAAGAAUGCCAAGAGUGAAGUCAAAGUCAUUUCAUCGGGAAAAACCUUUGCAAACCUUAAGGCAACAAUGUUAAGGACAUAUGGCCCAUCCAUUAGGCCUGAAAAUAUCAUUGCCAUUGCGACAUGCUGGGAAAGUGCAGCUAAAGCCAUGCUGGCCAGGAAGCUGAAUACAAACCCAGCAGGAGUAAAAGAUGUGAUUGUUUGGGGCAAUAUUACUGGGUCUAACUACAUUGAUUUGUCACAUGCAAAACUUUAUGGAUAUGACUGUGCAAUUUGGGGGCCUCCUAAUUUUCAGCGUCCUUUGUUGAAUAUGAUUUACGAUAGCGAAUGGAUCCAUUCGGAAUUGCUGUCUGCACAGAGUACCCUGAGUUCCCGGGUGUCGCGUUGUACGGCAGUGUUACCUGCUCAUGCGGUAGCCACGGUACUGCGAUACUGGUACCAUGGCUCUCCUUCUGAGGAGAUCAUUUCUGUGGGAAUACUUAGUGAAGGUCAGUUUUGCAUUCCUGAAGGAAUUACCUGUUGUAUGCCUGUGAGGUUCCAGAAUGGUAACUGGGAAGUUGUGACAGAAAUAGAAAUUAAUGAAACGACCCAAAAAGUUCUGGAACGGUUGUCCCACGAGUUGGUUCAGGAAAAGCUCGUUGCACUAAAGGAAAUAAACGAAAUGAAUCCAUAUGAAGCAGAAUAAAAACUCCACAUCUUCUCCCAAGCGUUUCUCUGCUACCAUUUCUAUUGAAUUUGUUUUCAAGUUGUCUGUCUUCAUUCAUCAAAAUAAGAGCAGAUGAACACUAAAGCAUGUUUUAGUUUUGUUUUUUCACUUUUUCUCUAUUUUCAGGUUGUGAAAUUCCUGCGCUUUUCCAAUGUUCUUACAAUUUCUUUCAAUUUUUCAUUCCUACAGACCUUUUCCCUAGUUUGUUUUCUUUCUCACUUCCUUCAGAUUCUUUUCAGUACUUUUAUAUCAACCCAUUCUGUACUAGUGGCUGUUUUCUCCAUUAGAGAGAGGCUGAAGAAUGGGGAAACUAUUCAGAGUUAGAUGCCCAGAGCCUCUACUGAGCACAAAGCCUUUUGGUUUUCCAUGCCUGUUUCUUGGGAAAGGACUACAGAUACAAGAAGAUAUUCCUGAUGAAUGCAGAAUUUAAUUAUUUGGCUAAUCAUCACCUUGUUUAACCCAGACAGGGAAUUCCCAAUUAGGUAAGAGUGUCCUUCCCUAUCUACUCUCUAACAGCAUAGCACUGCUGCUCUGUAGAGCUGUCCUGUUCCUCUUGUGUCAGCAUUAAAUGUUAAACAGAGGCCUUCCCACUGCUAGCAGUGAUGUGCUUAGUUGUGGUCUUCUCUUGUGACAUCCGUAUCAGGUGUUCAACUAUUCUCAAAGUGCCCUGCUUUAUCUCCUUGCAUGUGGAAGUAUUUUAGGAGGCUAACAAAAAUAGCUCAUGUUUUUGCUUAUUUUUACAGAAUUGGAAACCUUGCCUACUGGGUCACUUUAGCUAGAGUUGUCUGGAAGAGAAAAUGCUGGAAAUUCCCAUAUUAAGAUAAGGUUUCCAUUGCUCAAAAGAGCAAACUAGAAAGACUUAGCAUUGCUGUAACUUUUGCAGUAUUUUCCUCAUUAAAAAUACUCCAGGAAAUCUCUAGGUGGAAAAAUAUUUCAAAACCAGUGUGAAUGUAACAUUUUAAAUCUCUAGACCAAAGUAAAAUUCCUACUGAUUUUAA